GCAUGCGUCAACUUCACGGGCGGCAGCCCCGACCGGCUAGCCGCCGUCCUCGCCAGCCAGGCCUACCUCAAGCUCAACCGCGCGGACCCGGAGCUGGGCCAAAAGUUCAUGCAGGCCGCCACGCGGCGUCUGGUCCAGGUCAUGGGGUCCAACGCCGCAGCGGGCCAAUUCAUGAGGGCAGAGACGCCGGCGUCGGAGAUACUAAUACCGGCGAGAUACGACGGGCGGCGAAUUGUUGCACCGGGCGCUGCGGGCGCACAUACUGUGACGAGGAUCGAGUCGAUCGUCGAGGCGGGGAGCAACACGGGGAGUUCCUGCGGGGAGAUUUGA